AUGGUUCAUCGCGGAGCUACAAGACAGAGAAGGGGAUUCAUUAAUGGAGCUGGCUAUUUAGCAAAUACGUCAUUCAAACUGAUUGCACGGGGUGAAGGUAAUAUAAAAUACUAUCUUCAAUCCGAUGAACUUUAUGAUGUGACGGACGCAGCUCAAGUGGCCGUCGGCCACGGUGGUCGUGACCGGAUUGUUUGUCAUCAAAAGAAAACAAAGAAGAAGAGAGGAUUAGUCUCCAAGCCCAUUCUUCAUUCGGAAAUGAAUGGGAGGUGCCAAGUAGAUCUGAUCGAUUUUCAGACACAACCAGAUAGAAAUUUUAAGUUUAUUAUGGUUUACCAAGACCAUCUAACACAAUUUGUUCUGCUACGCGCUCUACAAAGUAAGACAGCGAUAGAGGUGGCUUACCAUUUGAAUGAUAUAUUUCUAACUAUAGGAGCGCCGUGCAUACUUCAAUACGACAACGGCAGGGAAUUUGUAAAUAGUGUUAUAAGUGAGCUUGCCAAUCUGUGGCCAGGGUUCUGUUGA